AUGACUACCUCCCUGAUCUCCAUUGAAGGUCCGUCUUUGUCUUAUUCAAAUGGUGAUCCCCUUAAAACCGAGUUUGAAGUUGCAGCCAAGAAGAAUGCAGUAUCCCCGAACCCCACGGAUGAGACCACUUUCCUCUUCCAUAGGUCCUUCGAGCAUCCGCUUAAGUUAAUGGAACGCUCCGAUGGUCAUAUGAUUACAAUGGGGGAUGGUCAUCAAAUUCUUGAUGCAUGCGGUGGGGCUGCAGUUGCUUGUAUUGGACAGGGAAACGAGGAGGUGAUUGCUGCUGCAGUGGCGCAAAUGCGCAAAAUCACAUACGCCCAUCCAUUGUCAUACACUACGACCGCUGCGGAGGGUCUUGCAAAAUCUUUCCUCGGUGGAAAUCCCUGGGAUUUCCAGAAAAUGUUUAUUGUGGGCAGUGGUAGUGAGGCCAAUGAUGUAGCCAUCAAGUUGGCUCGACACUAUUUUGUCGAGAAAGGAGAGCCAGAGCGCGUCAAUUUCGUUGCCAGGGCACAGGCAUUUCACGGCAAUACUAUUGGAUCUCUGUCUCUUAGCUCCCAUGUAGCUCGUCGUCGACCUUACCUUCCAAUUAUCUUGGGAGAUCGAGUCAGCCAUGUUAGUCCCGCUUAUGCAUACCAAUAUAUGGCACCUGGUGAGACGGAAGCAGGGUUUGUUGCUCGCCUUGCCAGUGAGCUGGAGGGUGAGUUCCUGCGACUCGGUCCACACACAGUGGUGGCAUUCGUUGCAGAGACCGUCGUCGGUGCGACAAGUGGCUGCGUUACCGCCCCGGCAGGCUACUUCAUAGCCGUCAAGGCCGUCUGCGAUAAGUACGGUAUUCUCCUGAUUCUCGACGAAAUCAUGUGUGGAGCUGGUCGUACGGGUACCAAGUUUGCGUUUGAACAGGAAAACGUGAUUCCUGAUAUUGUCACACUUGGGAAGGGUCUGGGUGGUGGAUAUGCACCCAUCGCAGCCAUUAUUGCGCACAAGCGUGUGUGUGAUGGAUUCCGCGGCGGAUCUUCGAAAGCCUUCAAUCACGGGCAAACAUACCAGGCCCACCCCCUCUCGUGCGCCAUCGCUACCUCUGUUCAAACUAUUAUUCAACGAGAUAACCUUAUUGAUCGCUGUGCGCAUCUCGGUAAGUUGUUAGGUGCUAUGCUCAAAGAACAGUUCGCCGAUUGCGAGUACGUUGGAGAUAUUCGUGGCCGCGGAUUGUUCUGGGCUCUUGAGUUUGUCCAGUCGCGCCACACGAAAAAGCCAUUUUCGGCAUCAGUCGGAUUUUCAAGCAAGAUGCAAAUGGAGAGCUUCCGACGUGGGGUCUCACUUUAUCCUGGCUCAGGCUCUGUGGAUGGCGAGUUUGGUGACCAUUUGAUGUUUGCACCGGCAUACACUAGUAGUGAGGAAGAGAUUUUGCACAUCGUUCAAACCGCCCGGGAUGCCUAUGACCAAGUAGUCUCUCAGUUGAACCUUCCCACGAAAUCUUGUGCACUUGUACAACAAUACGAUGAUGGGAGCUCUUCAAACCUCCGGCCAUUAAAGCGAUAUAUUACAACCCAUGAUGUGAAUGGCAAAGCUAUUUUCUAUGAUGAAAACUUCGAGGACAUCAUCCCAAUUGUUCCACCGGGUAAUAUUGAGAGGGCGGGAUUGCACGUUCACUAUCACACGCAAGGCUUUCCCGUUGAUCUGAGCGGAGGUAAGGACCUAAAGCACUACUUUGAAUCACCUCAAAACAUUCCCCUGGUUAAUAAAGGUGGUUCAAUAUGCCGAAUUGUGGAUCUGGGUCCGGGUCAAAGGUCGCCGAUGCACCGAACAAUCAGUCUCGAUUAUGGGGUUGUUCUGGCUGGCGAGAUAGACCUUGUUCUAGAGAAUUGGGAUGGCCCAACAAAACGACUGAAUGUUGGGGAUGUCAGUAUUCAGCGAGGCACGAUUCAUGGCUGGAUAAAUCCUAGCAAGGAUCAAUGGUCACGAAUGCUUUACGUCCUACUCCCAUCUGAGAAGCUGAAAAUCAACGAUACUGACCUGGAUGUGGAACUUGAUGGCUUGGUACUACCAGAAUGA